CGUUACACACGUUGACACAAAAUAGACGGAAGGAGUAGUCUGUGGCGAGGAGAGAGAAAAUCAAUGGCAUCGAUUGUGAGGAACACCUUCAAGGCGAUCAAGGAGAAGGGUUUGGGCACCUUUCUUCGUGAGCUCAGGGAAGAAGGUUAUCUGAGAUGUCUACCAGAUGGAAACCUUCUGCAAACCAAAAUCCACAAUAUCGGGGGAAAGGUCGUGGGUGUCGAUCUAUAUGGAAAUAAGUAUUACGAGAACCUGAAUGCUCAAUAUGGAAGACACAGGUGGGUAGAAUAUGCAAGCAAGAACCGCUAUAAUGCUUCUCAAGUGCCACCAGAAUGGCAUGGUUGGCUUCACCACGUCACUGAUCACACAGGGGACGAGAUUCUUAUGUUGAAGCCGAGCAGAUAUGGAAUUGGACACAAGGAGAACUUCACUGGAGAGGGUGAUGAAAAAAUUUACCACUCCAAAGGCCAUGCACUCAAUCCUGGGCAACGAGACUGGACCAGGUACCAGUCAUGGCAACCUGGCAAGAACUAAACUACAUUAUUGUGCUUGUUGACAUUUUUUCCCCCAAGCAAACCACCUCCUGUGAUGAAUAAUGCCCUUUUAUGCAAAGUGUUACUAUGGCCGAGCAAGUGUUUGUUGGAAUUACAAGCAUAAAUCAUGCAAAAUUAGCAAAGCAGACAUUUUAUUGUUGUCGUUCUUGUGUAUUAACUGUAUGCGGAGUUGUGAAUCUAGAGCCUUUUCUGUUUCAAUCCUUUUAUUGCAAUGUGUUCCUUCAGUAAUUCUGAUGGAGGAUCUCAA